UUGGUUAAAGCUCCAGUAUUAGCACAUCCUGACCCCACUCAACCCUUUGUUGUUACCACGGAUGCAAGUAAAGUGGGUCUGGGUGAUGAACUAUCACAAGAAGAUGCACAAGGACAAUUACAUCCGGUUGCAUAUUUCAGUCGUGCAUUGACCAAACGAGAACGUUCAUAUCCAACUUAUGACAGAGAAGUGAUGGCUAUGCGAGACACGCUUAAGUAUUUUCGGUAUUAUCUGUUAGGAGCGCAAGUAGUGAUGAGGACCGACCACAAACCUCUUCUAAAGAUCCUGGAACAGAAAGGUCCAUUUGGACGAAGAGCGACAUUGAUAAGAGAUAUAGCAGAAUUCGAACCACGCAUAGAGUUUAUUCGAGGGCAGGGUAAUCACAUGGCAGAUGCUCUUAGUCGGAUCGGAUGGAAUGUCAAGUGGGAAGAGAGAGAUGAGGAUACUAGUAAAGUGGCUACUAUUGGUGGCUCUCAAGACGAGAUUGGUCCUUGCAAGGAUGUAAGGUUGGACAUAAAUGAUUUCCAAUUGCAGCAAGAACGUGACCCAACCCUUAAGCCACAUAUUUCCACUCACCGAAACGAACAUGGUUUAUUCACACGUAAUCAUAAGAAGCAAGUAUUACUUCCAGCAUCGCUUGUUCCCACCAUAUUAUUAUUAGCUCAUGACGAAACAAGGCACCAAGUAGCAGAUAAAAUGCUUGCAAGAAUUGAACCUCAUUAUUGGUGGCCAAGGAUGAAAGCAGAAGUAGAGAACUAUGCAAGAACGUGCCAACGCUGUGCUGCUACUCUUGCCCAUGCACAUAGAAAAGCACCCAUUCAUCAACGACCAAAAGAAGAGAAACCAUUUGCGUUGAUAGAAGUAGAUCUCAAGGGUCCAUUACCGAGAACGAAAGAGGGAUUUGACAAUAUGGUUGUGAUAACAGAUCCAUGUGCAAAAUAUGCAGAGAUGCAUCCAAUUCGAGGACAAACCAGCCAUGUUGUUUGUAAGACACUCUUGGGUUGGAUAUCAAGAUAUGGUUUACCAAACAAAGUGCACUCUGACAAUGGACCUUGUUUCAUGAGCGAAACAUUUGAACAGUUUUGCAUAACCCCAAGGCAUUGAGCAUACUUUCAGUCCAACCUAUAGGCCACAAGGAAACGCGGGUGUAGAACGGAUUAAUCGUACGAUGGGGGGAAGCACUCACAAAAUUGGUAUAUAAACAUCACAACCGAUGGUCUCAACACCUACCUGACGUACAACUAGCUUACAACACAGCAGUUCAAACAAGUACAGGAGUUUUGCCGUACGAACUAGUUUUCAAGGAGCACCCGCGAUCAAAAUUCGAAAUUAUAACAGAGAAGAUAUCACCAGCAACGGUUAGAGAGAAAACGGAACGACUGCGCGAGACUGUUAGUGAGGUAUUCCAAAAAGCACAAGAGUCCGAUGCCAAGUUAGCGGGAAAACGCAGAGAACGGUACAACAGUAAAACUUCGUUUAAAUCGUGCAUGGGGAUGGGUCAACAAGUUUGGAAAAGAAAUUUACGAGCAAAAACAUUUGCAGAUCGGUGGACGGAACCCUGUGUCGUGGUAAAGCCCACGUCGGUAACCAAAAUAUCUUAUGUAGUGAGAAGGAAUAAUGGAACUAAAGAAGAAGUUGUCCAUUACAAUUACCUUAAACCUUAUCAGAUUCGACCUGUCAAGAAACCAAAGUCAAGGAAUCCACCAAAGAAGAAUGGGGUCGGACACCCAGCACUGGGUACCAGUGAGGACAGUGAAUCUGACAGCAGAGAAGAGGAAAUGCAACCAGAGAGAAGAUAUCCAGAAAGAAUUCAAAGACUUCCAGAAAAAUACAGAUAA